UGCAAGCCACAGCCACAGCCACAGCCACAACCAGAUAACAAGUGCAGGUAGCACGCAUAGCUCUGGGCUUGUAGCUAGGUAGCUAACCAUGGCCAUGGGUUCUGCCUCUCGCAUUUCUCUGGUGGUGCUCGUGGCUCUGGCCACGGCGGCGUCCGGGCAGCUGUCGUCGACGUUCUACGACACGUCGUGCCCCAGGGCUCUGGCCACCAUCAAGAGCGGCGUGGCGGCCGCCGUGAGCAGCGACCCCCGCAUGGGCGCCUCCCUGCUCAGGCUGCACUUCCACGACUGCUUUGUCCAAGGCUGUGACGCAUCUGUUCUUCUGUCUGGCAUGGAACAAAACGCGGGUCCGAACGUGGGGUCGCUGAGGGGCUUCGGCGUCAUCGACAACAUCAAGACCCAGCUGGAGAGUAUAUGCAAGCAGACCGUCUCCUGCGCCGACAUCCUCACCGUCGCCGCCCGCGACUCCGUUGUCGCCCUUGGAGGGCCAUCGUGGACUGUCCCGCUGGGGAGACGGGACUCCACCACCGCAAGUGCCUCGCUGGCGAACAGUGACCUCCCUGGCCCGAGCUCUAGCCGGUCACAGCUCGAGGCCGCGUUCCUCAAGAAGAACCUUAACACGGUCGACAUGGUCGCGCUCUCAGGCGCGCACACCAUCGGGAAGGCCCAGUGCUCCAACUUCCGGACUCGGAUCUACGGCGGUGACACCAACAUCAACACUGCCUUCGCGACGUCUCUCAAGGCCAACUGCCCCCAGUCCGGCGGCAACACCAACCUGGCGAACCUGGACACGACGACGCCCAACGCGUUCGACAACGCCUACUACACCAACCUCCUGUCACAGAAAGGGCUCCUGCACUCGGACCAGGUGCUCUUCAACAACGACACCACCGACAACACUGUCCGCAACUUUGCGUCCAACGCGGCGGCCUUCAGCAGCGCCUUCACGACGGCCAUGAUCAAGAUGGGAAACAUCGCGCCGCUCACCGGGACGCAGGGCCAGAUCAGGCUCAGCUGCUCCAAGGUGAACUCGUGAUGGACGUAUGCGUCGGCAGCACGACACGUGAAUGAAUAAGGCCCCCAAAACAGUGGCCAGUACCACUUAUCAUACCAGCACUUGAAUCGUGUAUUUUCAAAGCAUGUGCAGCAGCAAAUCAUGCAUGCAUCAACGUAUGUAACGACGGUUGAAUCCUCAAUUUCUCAUGCAAAAGGCAAGGAGAAUUACUAUCAAUCCUACCUUAUUACACUCGUA